AGUAUAACAACUAUAACAACAAGAAUGCUAACUGAAAUAAUCCCAAGCAGCACUGUUGAGCCAACAAUAUCAGCUAUAACAACUUCCCAAACAACACCACCGCAGCCCGCAUUCGAAAUGACACCCUCAAUGUUGGCCAUACCAAUGAGGAGAGGCCGUCGAACAGCUCCACAUGUCGAUACACCCUCACUCACCCAUCGGCAUCCUUUGAAUUUGCAAGUUGUUGUUGGCUUGCAGGCGCCACCGGUUGGUCCAAGCACUCAGGAACUCACCUGCCCCAAUUGUCUGCAGCCUGUGCGCACACUGGUUGCAUAUGAACAGGCGCAUGGACGCAUUUGUAUGAGCAUUUGCGCGUUGCUAUGCAUUGGCUUUUCGAUCUAAAUUCCCAGAAAUACUACAAUGAUACCGACUCAUUUUUCACUUUGUCAG